CGAACGACUACACACGAUACCUACGGUGUACUAUAGUUUCCGUCUAUCAUUCGGUGUUGCAUUAUCGUCGUAAAUGUAAAAUAUAAUACUAUUAUUUUUUUGUAGUUAUUCAGUUAUAAACGAAUAAAACUGCCAAAAGAACAUCGUCUCUAAAAAAAUUAAAAUUUAAAGGAUGUUUUUACAUAACAAAUCACACGCGUUGUUUAACAAUUUACCGGUUUUCAAUUUUUAGUUUUUAUUUUUAAUAUUAAAACUUAUUUGUAAUCAUCAUUUUCAAUAGUUCGAUGAUAAUAAUUCUAUACUAAUUCGUGAUUAUCAAUAAUACCUAUUAAAUUAUUCAAUCAAACUAGGUUCGGUGGAAUGCCGUCUUAUGAGACAUUGAGGUAAAACAUUUAUACCCAAAACGCCAUCAUGUCCUCUCUAUCCGUUUUGGACACUAUAUCCUUUACCAUUCUUUCUGUGAUAUUCAUUCCGUUUUUCCUAUUUUUCCUUGGCAUCGUUUUAUUUGCAUACAUUGGCAAAACACUUGGCCUACAACGAAUUUACGUCGAGUUUCUUUUAAAAGUAUUCGAGGUAAGUACCUACCACUUAAGAUAUUAAAAAUAAAUGUAUACAGCCUGAUUGUCCUUAACAUGAAUAUUAUUAUUGGCAUCAUAAUUGUUUGAGGGAGGCCCUACAAAACAUAAAUGAAUCUUCUAAUUUAGUAUUGAUAGGUAUAGUUGUAGCAUGUUUAACUCAUAAAUUUAUCAUUUCAAUUAGAGAUACUGUUUGAUAAUUGAAAAGCCACAUUUAUAUUUUUUUACUUUACACUGUAUGUAUUUUCAAAUUUGAUAAUUGAUUUGUUACAGAAAUACAUUCAUUAUUUAAUUAGUCUGGUUUUGGUAUACAAAUUGGAAUCAUUUUUAUCCCUAAUAAUAAUUGUAUCUACAACAAGUUAUAACAAUACACUUAAUAUAACAUGAUAUUAUCAUUAUGUAAUCGCUAAACUAAUGUAACAAAUAAAAAUAAUAUGUAUUAAUAAUUAUUUUAUUUAAAUGUGUCAACAUAUAACAUGUUUUACAAGGUUGUGAGAUUAUGUUUAGAUACACACAAUUUAUAAUUUUAAGCAAAAUAGUAAUUGCUGUUGAAUUACAUCUUAAUAAAAUAGAAUUCUGGUUGUUGGUGUCAUCUGAUCAAUUCCUAUGUCUUGUAGCAUCUGAAGUCACGUGUGUCUAAUUAUUAUUAUUAUAUAUUAAAAUGUUUUGAACAAGUAAAAGCACAACUAAUAUUAUUGAAGCAAAUAAUUAUUGGAGUUUCACAGUAUUAAAAUUAAUAACUAUUACAUAUGUAAUAUGUAUUCCUUAAAUCCCGUUAAAUAACUAAAGCAAAAUUGAAAAAUUAUUUCAUCCACUAAUUUUUAGAUUCUGAUGUAGUGAAAAAGUUAUUAGUUUAAACUUUUAUUAAAAUGUGUAUUUUUCAUAAAAAAUACUUUUUUAUUACUAAAAAUAAUCCUAUUUUUUCAUGCUUUACUUCAAAAGAUACAAUUUUAUCUAAGUAAGUUUUCUAAAAAUUUGACAGCAAAUGGUUUUUACAUCUGUUUUUUUAUUCUUUUGUAUUCUGGGUGAUACUUUGGCUACAAGGAAAAAAACACAACCAGUAGACAAUAAUUAUUUAAUAUUAUCAGCACAUUGAAUUCUAUGUAGAGUUUUAUUGCAAUGAAUUAUUGUUAUGUUCAAUUAUUAUAUAUCCUAUAUUUUCCCAACAUAGAAUGACCUACGCAGUACUCUACUUUAUUUUCACAAGGCGCUUAGUGACAAAAUAUCUACAUCUACAAUCAGUGACUUGUCUGCAUUUUAAAAAUAUUUUAUAGGUAGAUACUUAUUAAUUUUUGAUUAUGAGAGCAGAAUCCUAUUAAAGUAAUUAAUUUUAUCUGAGUUUAUGUUUUCAUCUGUGUAUCCUACUUGUUCCCAUAAUAUAUACAAAUUAUGUCCUGUCCUUAUUGUAAAUAAAAAAUUCAUCAUAGUAUACUAUAGCUUCCAUAGUCAGGUUAUCCUAUUAAAACACUAGUUGUUUGCCUUCCAUAAAUAUUUACACAAAUUACCUUCCUUCGUAAAAAAGAUAAUGAAUCAGUGGUUGUCAAAAUACACAUCAUGACCAUGGCUCAUAUUUUAAUGUGCUAAAAAGCAAUGAAAUAAGUAUGUGAAUAUGUAUGCAAUAGAAACUUCAGAAUGUGUGGUUUAUAUGUAGUAAAUAAUUAUAAUUAAAAUCAAAAUUGUUUAGUUCUAUAUUUGCUAGUACAUAUUUACCUUUUAGAUUCUGAGCAUAUUUGAAAUGUAUUGUUUUUAUUAUGAGUGUUAACUUUUUUUCUAUCUAUGAGCAACUUUUCUACCAAAAAUCACGCUCCCAUUCAUAAAAUAAUGAGAGCUUAUUUUAUUAAAUUUUAGAUCUAGUUGGUGCAAUGGGGGUCAUUUAUUUGAUUUUCAUAAUAGUUAAGAAAAACAAACAAAUGUUUAAGGUGUGUGAAUUUUUUUCAUCAGAAAUCUUGAAACAAGAUUUGAAGAGUAGCAAACCUUGUUGAAAAGAAUUUUUUUUUUAUUAGUAACUAAAAAGGUUAUUUUGAUUUCCCGAACAACUUUCACAGUAAUUGUGAUAAACUUAUAAAUUAAGAACUGACAAAUGUGCAAUGUUAACAAUUUCAUUAUUUCUAAUGGUUUCAAUUUGAAUUUUUUACAAGAUAUCUUCAAUAUAAAUCAAGAUAAUUCAAAUUUGUUUUCAGAAAGAAUUUUAUUUAGUUGGUUUUUGAUUUUCUAUGCAGAUUUCUUAAUAAUUGGAAAAAACUUAUUUGUUUAUUUGUAGGUAUUAUAUAAAUAAAAUUGUUUGACAAUUGAAAAAAUAGAAAUACUUAAAAAUUGAACAGGAAGUUUAUUAUUUGUUGUAGGUACUUAUUAGUAAAAAAAACAAAGUUGAGCAUAAUAUAAUAUUUUUUUUUAUCUGUUUUUAAACAACAAAUUUUGAUGAAAAUCUUAAAAAUAACAGCAAUUCAAAACAUGUAUAAUUGAAUUUCGCUUAGAAUCGUAUUUAAUUAGCAUUGGUUCAUAAAUGCGUACAUGUAUAAAUUAAAUAAAUAUAUGUAUCCUAUCUUCCCAACUUCUCACCUACAACAGUGGCACAUUCCACUACAAUAUCACUUCUUUUUUUUUAUUAUUUUUAGGUAGAAAGUUACUCAAAAUAAUAAAAUAAUUUCUAGUAGGAAGUUGACUUUUUUUCUUUUAUUAUUUGUUCAUUUACAAUUUUUUUUUAUUAGUUUAUAAUUACUAUUUAAAAUCAAAAAUAUGAGUUGAUAUUGAAAUUAACCAAUUUAUAAGUUCAAUACUUAUCUGAUUUUUUUUUUUAAAUAUUUUAUUUAUAUUCAGAGUUUUUUUCCAGAAUUAUUUAUUUUGAAAAACCUUAUAUCCUCAAUAUCAGUUAAUGUAUAAUAUUAUCAUACUGAUAAUAAUCACUAUUAAUAUCCCAAAAAUUAGAAGUUGACAUAGGUAUUAAAGAUAUCUGUAAUCCAUAACUUCAUUUCCUAAAUCACUUACUUUCAUGAGAAAGGUCAUCAAGCUUUCAUAGCGCUUUUAUCUAUAUAGUUUUAUACUUUUCUAGUUUCUGAAUGAGGCUUAAAACAUCAGGAUUACUUGUACUCACAUAGGUAUUAAGUAAAGGAUAAGGAAAGAACUCUAAAAAAAAUAAAAACAUUUAACUUAUUAAAAUACCCAAUGGUCCAAUUCUGUAUUAUAUCUCAUUCAGAAACUGGACAAGUAUUAAAAGCUUAAAGCAUGGUUCACAUGAUCAAAUACUUGGCAGUUUUGUCAAAUAUUGGAUUACUAGAGUGAUAACAAAUUGUUAUCAUUGUUUAUCUUCAUUAUAGAAUAGUUUACACAUUUUAUACAAAGGCAUUAUCAUUUGUUGUCAUUUGUAUUUAUUACAUUUUAUUAUCUAUACAAAAUUGUAAAUAAAAUCAAAUUAGUUCUCAAUGACAUGUGAGAUAGUAAAACUAUGUAUUGCUAGUCUAAACACUGAACAGAUCAAGUGGGUACCACUAAAAAGUAAAAACUGGUGGUCAUGAAUUAGGGGCAGGAUCAGGAAUUAUUUGCGUUUGUGAAUUUGCAUUAUAUUUGACCAAUCAUCACAGAAUUUUAGCUAUGGAUAAUUUCCAAAGUUUGUCGUUCGCCAGAUAUUUUAUUGUAUGAAUCGGGUUUUAAGAAAUACAAAUAUAAGGGUAUCGUUUUUUUUGAAAUUAUGAGUAGAGUUAGAUUAUGGCCAAAAGAAAAGUAGACUUGGUCACAAUGUAAAUACACUUCUUUGAUAAGCUGAAUUUUUUUAGGAGGACAUCUCAGUCUGGGAUUUAGAUUUUUUAUGUUGGGUCUAUGUCGAGUUAAAUAAAUUACUAAGACUUAUAGAUUUCGGAGCAAAAGAUUAUGUUUUUAUACUCCUUAACAUUUAUAUCAAAAAAUUAUAUUAAAUUAACCCUUUUAUUUCCUUUGUCCAUUUAAAUAGACAUGACUUUUAAUUCACUAUUGUGGAUCAAUAUUUUAAUUAAGUAAUUGAGUAAUGAAAGGGUUAUAGGUAUUGAGUAAUAGGUAUAUUUAUAAAUUUUAUUUUACUAAUAACAUAAUAGCAUGGCAAAAUAAUCGUAGAGGAUUAUCUAGAUGAAAAUGCUCUUUUUAAAAUUUAGUUUUUGAUAAUUUGUAUUAAUUAUAUUUUUAAAGAAAAUAAUAAUUGUGGUUUGAUAUGUUUAAUUGGGUAAUGUGCACCUCAACUGAAUGUGUAGUCUACUUGAAUCUAUACUAUUUUGUGGCAUGGUGGUGUCACUCUCCCCUCGCCAUAGCCCUGUUACUAAAUGAUCAUUGUGACAUAUUAGUGAAUUUAUUAAAUUGUUAAACAAUUUAUUUCAUAAAAUAAAAAAAGAUUAGGUCUACAAAUGUGGGCUCUUUUAAUCAGUGUUUACAAUGAUAAUUAUCUACUGUAUUUAAUUAUCUUAUGAGCAGUAUAUGUUGUUGUUUUCUAAUAAUGUAUUAUUAAUUUACGAAUAAUUAUAAACAUUUAAUGCAAAAGAAGUAAUUAUAUAUAUAUAUAUUAUUUAAGAUGAACUAAUUUACAAUUUUAAUUAAUUCUUUAACAUACUCAUAUGUUUAUUUUUAGUAAGGAUAUUAUAAAAGUUUAAAGUACAUUUGAAUAGGUUUAUUAUAUAUUUUUAAUGUUAACAAAUGUUUAAAGGUCAAUAAAAGGGUAAUGUUCUAAUGAUAUGAUAGUCUUGGUAUAGUUUGGUGAAUUUAUAUUUUUACAACAUUUAAUUGGUUUCUUCUAUAUUGUAAUAUAAACUACUUUUAAAAAUUUAGUUUUGCGUUAGUCAAAGGUAAUAUUUAUUGUUUUUAAUUUGAUAAUCAUCUGUAUUCUUAUAAAUCUUAAAUAUUUAUUUGAAUAAUGCUUCAUUUAUAUUGGAAGUAUUAGUUGCUUUUAUAAAAAUAAAAUAUGAAGUUUAUAUUAAUUGUAUAGUUCAAAAGGUUUAUUUGAUAAGUAGCUGGAAAAUUAAAUAAGCUCAUGCAGUUUUCUUUUUAUUGGUUAAUAAAUUAGGUUUAUAUUCUCAUUAUAUAAUAGGUAUGAUUAAAAAUAAAUAAAAACUCAUUUUUGAUAGUAACUUAUUGAUUUUAUUUUUUAUCUAAAAAGUAUUAUAAGUUUAUAAAAAAAAGUAACACAACACCAUAUGUUUUUAUAAUUUUAUGUAUAAUAUAAAGCUAUAAAUUUAAUAUUUAUAUGCCAACAGGAAAAACAAAAAAAAAAUGUGACUGUUAAAUAAAAACAACUAGUUACACAAUAGUGUAAAAUGAAAUAAUACCUCAUACCUCAUUACUUUUCAUUAAACAUUUUUUAGAACUGUCUUCAUUCAGACAAAUAUUGGAUUUUAUAACAUUGUUAAUUGCUAUAUUACUUCAAUUAUUCAAUUUAAUUAAUUUUUGAUUUCGUUAAAAAUGGCUAACAUCUAUAGUGUAGGAAAAUCCCAUUAUUUAUUAUAUAUCCAGUUUAAUGAAGUAUAUUCACGAAUAAAAUUGUAUCUAAUUUUUGUAUGCUUAUGAUGUUUUUGUUUUAUAAUCGUACUUGCACAUAGUAAGCAAUAUAUUUAAGUAAAAUUUCAAUUUUAAAAAAAAAAAUUUUUUGUGAAUAUAAAUGUAUUAUUUCCUAUAAGUUAAAUUUUUCAACAAUAUCUGUUUCACGUGUUAUACAUGAAAUAUAACAUAUUUCCUUUUAUGUAGUUGAAGAAAUUUAACUUAUUAGAUACCUUUAGUAUAGUUUUAAUAACCUUGAUAAUUUGUCCUGAUAACAAAUAACCUUCUAGAAUAAUACAAAUAAAAUGUAUAUGUAAAUACUACGUUUAACAAUUAUAUUAAUCAAUAAUUAGAAUAGAAUAAUACAUUUUGCAAAAAAAAUGUUUUAUACAAAAAUAUUAUGCAUAAAGUAUAAUAUUAUCAACUUAAAGGUUAUAAAUUAUAAUACUUGUAGGUUACGUUAAUCAAUAAAAAAUAUUAUUUAUAGAAUAUUUACCUAUAAAUAUUAUAAUUUUACCGUUUUUACCUGUAAUUUUUUAAUGUAUUAAGUUUUUUAUGAAUAUUAUAAAUAAUAUUUCAAUAUCACUUGCAUUCUAAAUAUUAGUAAUUAAAUAAUAAUGGAUAAAAUUAUUAUAAUGAGUUCAACUAAAACAAAGUCAAAGUUAACAAACACUUUUAUCUUUAUAUAUAAUUAAAUGGUUAUUACUUUCACAAUAUUUAACAAACUCGUAAUAAAUAAGGUUUUAACUGUUUUCUUAGAUAAUUGUCCAGUUCCAUUUGGUAAUAAUUUUUGUGAAUUGUCAUAUAUUAAUUUAUAAUUCCCUAAGCUAUUUACAGCUCGUUAGUCUAAAUUGUGAAUAGUUUAUAGACUUCCUUGAAAUAAAUGCAGACUACACUCACCAAUGAUACGGGUCAUUGUUUACUUUUAGAUUUCCCAAGUCUUAACAAUUAUUCCGAUUCAGCUAUAUUUCCUAAAUUUGUGCGAAAUCUAUUUAAUAUUACCCAUUCUCUUCUGGUCAAUUGAAAACUAGGUACGACUGACUAUUCCAAGUAUCUGAAUAAGAUUUUUAUUUUCAAUAUUUUGAUUUUUCGAUCAUGAAUUCUACUAUCUAUUUUCUUUGAAAUUCUAUUAUAAUUAAAUUAAACACAAUGACUAAUCCUGAUGUUGAGCUUAAAAAUAAUUUGUUUUAAGAAUCAAAAUAAUCAAAAUGUAUUUGAAAGCGUCAAAUUAAACAGUAUUUUUGUAAAAUAUUAUCUUAAAUAUAUCUAGUAACUUCAAAUAGAUACUAUAAACUUUUGUUAGAUAAUAUUUUAUAAAAUGAUCUUUAAACGUUUUUUCACCUUUAUAUUUAGCUACAUAUUUUUUACAUUAAUAUUGAUUUAAAUAUUAUAAUUAGUUAUAUAUGGCUCAAAUUGUCUACAUUUGUCUGUCCAGUAUCAGACAAAUGGAGUCAAUGAGAUAAUUUAAUUUGUUUUCAAUAAUAUUAAUUAGUAUUAAUAUUAUGAUUUUAGUAUGGAAGGGAAAACCUAGAAAAACAAUCAAAAAAUAAAAUUAAAAGAAUUGAAGAAACUGAUAGUGAAGAAACAGAUGAUGUUGAUGAACUUGAUUUGGUGACUGAAAUUGGUAUUAAUUCAUCUGGUGAAUUUCCAACAUCUCCGAUACCAGUAGAGACAAAUGGAUCUCUCACUCGGAGUAAUUCAGCUCAUAGUUUAUCUAAUGGAUAUAUUGACAAAAAAAUACAAAAUGGAGCGCCGCCAUUAAUAAGUAGACAAGAUUUAAUAUUAGUUCCAGAUCCAGAUCAAAAUUAUAGUGGCAAUAAUAAUAUUAAAACUGAAGGAGUGAGUUAAAAAAUUAAAAAAAAAAAACUUUUACUGUUAUUAUAAUUUUACUUUGUAUACUAAAUAUUACUUCCAUGAUAUUAAUGACUAUAUACAGGAUGAUUCACUAAGCAUGUUCACCUCAUUUUUUUAGUCUCACAUUUAUUCAAAUUCUGAUUUUUGGAAUUUAUAAGUGUAGUCGAUAUUUUCAAAUAAUUGGAUUUUUUAUAACAUUUAAGGGGUAUCCUGUGGCAAUAUCAACAUUGGUUUUUCAAAUAAGAAUUCAUUUUAAAAAUUCUAUAAAUAAAUGGAGUAUUAGUUAAUCAAUUUUGCUGUUGAAAUUUUUGAUUUCCAACUAUCUGUUAAUGAAGUAUUCUACUUUUAAGUUUAAUCAUGGGGACACGUGCUGUUUCACUACAUACAUGAUACUUUACUAUUUUGCCUUACCUAAUGUAGUUUAAUAGUAAAGAUUUUUGUACAAAAAAUUAAAUAUACUUAUAUAUAACAGCUAUAAAGAUAAAAAAGUAGAACAUUUAUUUAGACACAUAUUUUUAAGACUGAGACAAAUUUACUAUAUACCAUAGGCAUAUGGAAUUAUAUAAUUCCUUAUUAAUUUUAUUGACAUAUUUCUUUACAAAAUAAUUAUAGGGUAAACAAAUAUUACAAAGAACACGUUCAUUCAACACAUUAAAACGUGAGUUUGAACUUGCUGAUGUACUUGAUUAUGUAAAAACUGGUGUUGAAGCUAUAAUAGAAGAUCAGGUUACUUCAAGAUUUGAAGCCGAAGAACUAAAGGUAGUGAAGUUUAUUGUAAAUAAUGUAUUAAAAUUAUUUUGUUUAUUUUAUGAAAAUUAUUUUAUUUUAAUUUUUUUUUUAAAUCAAAUUUAAGCUUUUUUAAAAAUGUAUGUAUUACUAUUUAGUCAUGGAACUUGUUGACGAGGACUAAUAGACAUUAUGAGUUUAUCAAUUGGAAAAUAACUGUCAUUUGGAUUAUUGGAUUUAUUGUAAGAUAUACAUUUUUAUUGCCAUUGCGUGUGUUGAUUUGUUUUUUUGGAGUAAGUUUUUUUUUAAAUUAAUUAAUCUUUACUCUAAAGAAUGCCAGUAUUACUUGUUUAUUGAUUUAAUUAUACUUUCACAUUUCAUUAUUGGUUCUAAAUAGUUUAAAGAAGUAUGUGUUGAAAAACUAGACUAGUUCUUUUACGUAGCAAACCUUUCAUGCUGAACUUGUGUUUUUUUCUUUUUUUACUAUUUAUCUUAACAUAUUGAUGGAUCCAUCAAUUGGACAUUUUAUUUUAUUUUUCAAAAUUGUCCAAUAAAUAUCAGUUUCAUUAUUGCUAUAACUUUUGACAAAAUAAAAUGAAAAAUAUGUGUGUAAACAAGUUAAAAAAUAGUGUACAUUGGUCUUUUGAAAUGAAUUGGGUCAGAACAACAUAUUCUUUUGUUUGAUAUUGAAAAUAUCACUGCUUUAGCAGUGAUAUUUAUAUGUAAAACUCCUCACAUCAAAUUGCAACAUUAUUGCUAUAGCAGUUUUAUUAGUCUACUGUCCAUCAACGUGUUAAAUAAGUUAGUAAAUGAUGUUAAAUAUUAUUAAUAAGGAAGGUAUAUAACAAUUUAAUAUUUUUAUAACACUGAUUAGAUUAUUUUGUAAUUUGAAUGAAAUUUAAACUAAAUUUAAAAAUAAGUAAUAUUGGAAAUUAUUAUGUUAUUUAAUACAAAAUUGUAAUAUUAAUAACAUUUGUAGGAAUAUUUUUUUAUUUCUUAAAAUAUUCAAUCUACAGGUUAUGUUAUUUAGUUUAAGAAUGUGUAUUAUUUGGUUGACCGUAAAAGAUAAAUUAAUACAGAAGUCUUUGAUAAAUGAUAUUUCUCGCUACAUUUUUGUAUUAUUUCAAUAUGCGAUGACAAUGGUAAUAAAUGUUCAUAACCCACAAUGGAUUCCAAGACAUAAUGGAAUCUGUGUGGCGAACCAUACAUCACCAAUUGAUAUUCCCAUUCUAUUUGCUCACAAUUAUUAUAUUUUGGUAAUUAGUCAAGUAUAAUGUUUUACCUAUUUGACAAAAUAACUUCUAAAUUGAUUAAAGGUUAAUAUUUUAAAUUAUUCUGCACAGCACAAUACAAAUUCAUUCAUCAAAAACAAAAAGUCAAAAGGGAAUCAGCCUCAAUUUAUAAUGCCAUUUUUAUCUAUUAGAAGCAUUCUGUUUUAAUAAUUUUUUUUAGACUAUUAUUACAUCACUUUUUCAAUAUUAAAGGUACAAUUAAAUGUUUUACUGAAUGGUAGGUGGGGAAACAAUACAAGUGCUAUGUGAUUAAAAUGAGUCAUUGAGGGUAAAAAGGAAAUUGAUAUAAUAUUUUUAAGGCAAAUAUAAAGGUCUUUAUAAAUUGAUUGGAUAAAAAGUAUAAAAUAAAAAGGGAAGUAGCAGAAAUGCAAAUGUUAUUGCUGAUGAAACUAUAUGUUGGAUACGAUCAGGAAUAAACAUAUAAUAGACUGUCUAGGAGUAAUGUGUAUUGUAGAACAGUUAUAAUAGAAUAGAUGAAAAACUAUGAGAUAAUCAAGAAUAAAGAUGAGAUAAGUGUUAUCGGAAAAAGUAGACUAAAGAAAAAAUGUCUAGAGGUUAUAAGAGAUAUGUAAGGGAAUGUGUAGUAAAUGAAGAAAUGAUGAUAUACAAGAAUAAAUGUGUAGAGUGGUAGCUAUCUCUGGAAUAACUGAAGAAAACAAGAACAUUUGUAUGGUCUGUGUGUAUUAAAUAUGAUUCACUAUUUUAAACAACAAAAUUGUUUAACUAAAAUUAUAUAUUUUUUUUUUCAAUAGUUUAAAAAUACCUUUAGCUAAUGCCCUUUUGACAUACCAGACCACUACAAGUACACUAUAAGUUACUGUUGAUUUAACUUCCAUGUUAUUUAUUUAACUAAGUGCAUGUAUAAAUAUAAUACAAAUUAAACAAUGGUUUCAUGGUAAAAUAUUAUUUUUUAAAAAUUCAUAACUAAAAACUAUUUAUAUCUAAUUUAACAGUUUUGAGUUGAACUAUAUUUCAUUUUGUAUCCUGUACAAAUCGUUUUUGUGUAUUAAAUAGUUAGGUAUAAAUUAAAAAAUUUGUUAAUUUUACAAAUUUCGAGUCUAGUUAAUAUGUAUUUAUCUUGUCUAGUAUUAACAAAUUUAAAUGCUCAAAGACUUGUAUUAAUUUUUAUCACAGAUUUCCUAUAUUUUUACUUUUUAGUUAAGUUUAAAGUUACAAACUUAAAUAAACAGAAUUAAAUUUCAAAUGUUAUGAAUGAUUUCCAUUUUCAUUUAAAACAGCAAAACAAAUUGUAACUAUUUAUAUUAAAUAUUAUUAAUUCAAAUCUUAAUAACAUAGUAUAAUAGUAUUAAGUAUAUCCAUCAACAUUUUAAAAAUGUAUAGGUAUUCAAAUAACAAAUGUAAACCAUGCAAAAUCUAAGUAGACCACUUUGUUAUCACGAUUACAGUUUUACAUGUACAGAUAGGUUAGUGUUAUGGUGACCUCAAACUUAAGAGUACCAAUUGCAUUAUCUUAUUUAUUAUCUGCAAGAGGUCUCCAGAACUAUAAGGUUUUUUUUAAUGUAGUGUGUACCAAAUUAGAGAUAAAUGUAUACAUUUAACUAUUUAUAUAAAUCAAUGGUCAUUUGUUUAUUACUACCAUUCAUAAAUUUAUAAAUUAUUAUAUUAUUUAUUUAUAAAUAUAUGAAUUCUUCAAUUUUAUCAUUCUUUUAUGUACACAUUUCUCAAGAGCCUGAUUUUUAAAUAUACUCUAUUAUGAGUCUAUAUUAUUCUCUUUUAUAUUUCAACAAUGUGUAUUAUACUAAUAUACAUUGUUAUAAUAAAAACUGUAUGAAUAUAUUUUUGUAGAACAAAAUAAUAUGAUAUUUAAGGAAAUAUGAUUACACUCAUAAAGAUAUUUAAUUUUAAAAAUAACUAAUCAAGUUAUAGUAAAUGUUUUUAAUUGUAAUUUACCUCAUUUAUAUUUAUUAUUAAAAUAAUGAAUUAAAUGAUAAAUAAUAUUUAAUUUUUAAAUGAAAUUAAUGUACAAAAAUUAAAGAUAAAUGUAAUUUUCUUUAUUUAUAUACAGAUAAACUGAAGGAAAUCUGGUUUUUUUCCUAUGAUAUCGCAUAGUUAAUUAUUAUGAAAUAUCAGAAAUCUAAUUUCUUUUCAAAUUUUUCAAUACAAUUUUUGUUAUUGCAAUAUGAUAUCAUAAAUGUUUUAUGUGAAUAGGUUAUGUGGCUGUGGACAUGUACAUUAAUAGUUGGUUUUGUACCUGAUAGUUUUGGUAAACGUUGGCUCAACCAAAAUGUAUCCAUUAUGUGUUUUCAAGUUUUAUCUGCUUCACUAUCUUCAGUCAUCACUUACCAUAAUCGUGAAAACUUACCUGAGCGAGGCAUUUGUGUUGCCAAUCAUACAUCUCCUAUUGAUGUACUAGUAUUGGCAUGCGAUAAUCCUUAUGCUCUGGUAUGACACAAAAUGCACUAUCAUUAUCAUCAUAAUGCAAAAACUAAAAAAAAAAAAUAGUUUAUCCAAAACUAGAUUAAUUAAGAAACACCUUUUAAAAACAUUACACAUUCUAUUAUAUAAUUAUACAUUUAAUAAUCCCCCUCUUCUUUAAAUAUAUUUCAAGCUAAUAUACUAACUCAAUUAAGGUUGUCUAUACAAAUAUGUUAAAACCAAAUUUAUUAUUAAUUUUCUAUUUCAAUUUUCUACACACAUUUUUAAUUUAUUAGCAUGUAUUUUGGAUAAACUAUGAUAAUCAUCUUUUUUAAACGUAAGUAGUAUUAAUUAAUUAAUUAUUUUAUAUUUGUAUUAGAUUGGUCAGCGACAUGGUGGAUUUUUAGGAAUCCUCCAAAGAGCAUUAGCUAGAGCUUCUCCUCAUUUAUGGUUUGAACGAUCUGAAGCCAAAGACAGAGAAAUUGUUGCAAUGAGGUAAUUAUAUAUUUAAUUAUUAUUGUUAGGUUAAAAUUUAAACACUCGAAUAUUAACUGAGAUAAAUGUGUAUCUUAGAAAAAUCUUCUUAUAAUUAUUUUAUUAAGUAUUUUAAUAUAGUUCUGGGUUAAAAUGUCAAAUUAACAUUUGAACUUGAAGAAAAACAGGAAAUUGUAAAAUUAAGUAUACUUUAUGAACUAUUACUUAUUACAAAGUAUACUAUUUUAUUCAUAUGUGUAUAGCUAAUUAUAAUUAAAUCACAUUUUAUAUUUUCAGGCUUAGGGAACAUGUAUCAAAUCCAAAGAACCCUCCAAUACUCGUAUUUCCGGAAGGAACAUGUAUCAACAACACAUCAGUUAUGCAAUUUAAAAAGGGAAGUUUUGAAGUUGGCAGUGUCAUUUAUCCUGUUGCUAUUAAGGUUAAUUAAUAAUUGAAAUUCAAAUAUAAGCAAUAAUAAAUUGAAAUUGCAAUGGUUAUGCUGUUUUAGUAUGAUCCAAGGUUUGGAGACGCGUUUUGGAAUAGUAGUAAAUAUUCAAUGUUACAACACUUAUAUUUAAUGAUGACUUCUUGGGCAAUUGUUUGUGAUGUAUGGUACUUACCUCCAAUGUACCAAAAUGAAAAUGAAUCUGGUGCUGACUUUGCAAAUAGAGUAAAACGAGUGAUCGCAGAUCAAGGUGGUCUUGUAGAUCUAGUAUGGUGAGAUAAAUUAUAUUGUAUAGGAAUAGUAUAAUUUAAUUUUUUUUUUUAAGUAUUUAUGGGUAAAUUAAUUAUCUAUGUAUUAAGAAAACAGUUUUGUCUUACUUUAAUUAUUGUAAGUAUUCUUAGUUUUUAAGUUAAUAUUGUACAAAAUGUACUAUAGAUUUGAAGUACUAACAUACUAUUUUCUUUUUAAUGGUUUUCAUAAUACUCACAAUUAGAAAGUGGAUUUGUAUUCUCAUAUGAUCCACAAAAAGGCACUUUAAAACGUCAUAAACUGCCUGAAAAACAGCAGUUACAAAAUUUUAAAAAAAAGCAAAAAUGAUCCCUUUAAAUGGAUUUUACUUAUAAAAUAACAUUUUCUAACACCACACAAAUUUAUUUAUUUUGCAUAAGACAACCACACAAAUGAUUAAUAAAAAGUAAUUCUUUUUAAUAAUACGUACAAUUUUAUUUAAAAGAAAUUAUUCUGUGUGAAUAAUUUUAGUAGUGUUAGGAAAUUAAAUUUAAUAAGUUAAAUCCUCUUAAAGAGGGACUUUUGAACUCCUCUAUCAUUUUUGCUUUUUUAAAUAUUUGUGAGUACUUUCAGGGAUUUUUUGAUGUUUAAAAACAUCUUUUCGUGGAUUAUAAGAGAAUAUAAAUCCGCUCUUUACUCAUAAUGUUUCCACUUUAUUAUUGUGGCUCAUGUUUAGCUUUAUACAAGCCAACAAAUUUAUGUUCAUUCAGCAGAGUAGCCUUUAGGAAAAAUUGUAUUUUUUGGCUUAUUAGGCAAGAACACAACAAAACCAGUACUACCAAAAAACCUCGUCAUACAUUUCAUUAAACUGUAUGUAUGUUGUUCUCCAAAGAAAAUAAUUCCGGUUUGCUUUCAAAAAGUAUACUUAUAACAAAUAUGUAACAUUCUUAGAUUCCGAGAAGCAGGAAAAAAUGGUUUUUUUUUUUUAUAAUGUUUACUAAUUUGUAUACUCUUGUUAUGCCUAACUUAUAAAUAUCAUAAUACAGAGUGAUUUUUUUUUUAUCAUGAACUAACAAUUAUCGCUGAGGAUUUUAAGUGAAGUUGAUUUCUGUUUUUUUUUUUUUUAAUUAUAAUGAAAUCAUUUAAGUUUUAUUUUAAAAUUUAUUCAUUUAAAAUUAUUAUUCUUACUCCAUUACCUUAACUAAGUUUAUGCUUGUUUUUCGAAUAGGAACCCUCUUUUUGAACAUAAAUUCGAAUAGAGUAUAUUUUUCUAGAAAUGUUGAUAUGCAUAACACUAACAUCAGAUUUAUAUUUAUGAGAUAACCGUUUAGUUUAGACCGAAAGAUAAGGAAAAUAUUAUUAAUGUAUUAUUUAAAAAUAGAUAUGUGAUUUACGACCCUAUCAUUGUUCCUAUUUGAUAAACCAAAUUAUAUACUUAUUUAAGUGUAUAAAGUAGGGCUAAAUAUUAAAAAGUUUUAAAAUAAAGUUUAACUGAUAAAUAAUUAGAAAAUAAAAAAACGGGAAUCAAAUUCAUUUAAAAUCUCCGAGAAAAUUAUUGAUUUAUGAUUAAAAAAAAAUUCACUAUGUGUCACAUUUUGAUUUUAGUUUAUAGAAGAUAAUUUUAAAAGCUCUGUGUUUAAGUAAUAAUAUGAUCUUAAACAUAUUUACAACAUAUAGUUAAAAAUAGUUAAAUGAAAAAAUGAGUUAUAUUGAAACAUAUUAAUAUUUUUUUGUAGGGAUGGUCAACUGAAACGUUAUAAACCAAAAAAAGAAUGGAAAGAAAGACAACAGGAAGAAUUCAGUAAACGACUUAAAGUUGAAUAGCACAAAUUCAUAUCAUUUUUGUUUAAUACAUAUUGGUCAGAUACAACGAAGAUCGGGAUUGCUUAAACAUAUGUUAUGACAAAAAUGUAAUAACCAAUCCACAUGAACAAAACCUAGUCGUAUAUUUAAUCACCAAAUUUUAUUUAAAAUAUAUUAUUUAGAUUUAAAUAAUUAGAUAUUAACUAAAUGAUGGAAUAUUUUUGUGAACCACAAAAUUAAUUUUGGUGGCAGUUGUUAAAUGUGGAUUAUGCCUGUGAUCUAAAGUCUUUGAGUAAGAUUUAUUAUUAUUAUUAUUAUUAAAAAUGUUUAAAAUUUGGACGUUAUUUAUAUUUCAAUGUUAAUUAUUCUUGUAGCUUCCAUUUUUAUUUCCAAUUGCAGUGUUUGUGUAAUAUCUCUAUAAAAUAUCCAACUUACAUUUUUAUAGAUAUUUAUUUUAUUACAUGAAUAGUUUAGUCAGUUCCUUAUUAGUUUGUCCUUAUCAUGAUUAUCUUAUUUAUAAUUAUAGUCCUUAUAAAUCAUAAAAUUAUCUAAAGAAAUCAGUGAGAAAGAAAGUGCCGCGUUAAUUUUUAUUUUUAUUAAUUUUAAUAGUUACAUAUUUGUUACAAUUGUGUAUGCUGUUUUUUACUUUUCAUUAUGAUUUUCCUGAAAUCUGAAAUAUUAUAUUUGUUUUGUAGAUAACAUUUUUUUUUUUAAAUCCACCUCAAAAUUACACUUACAGAUAAUAAAUAUAUAAAAAGAAUUUUAGUAUUUAUAUUUUAUACGUCCAUAUGUUUACCAUUUUAUUUUAAGGUUCAUUUUGGUUAUGAUAGUACUUAAUAAUAAUACAAUUCUGUAAUAAUUUUCUUACUUGAUUUGGUUAGUUAAUUUGAGCAUAUUUAUCAAUAUAAUUUUUUUUUAUUUUUAUUAUUUAUCUUUUUUUUUUAUGGAAAUUGGGUUGUUAAAAAGUUAAGACUAUAUAAAAUAAAUAUUAAUUCUGUAUGUGUCAAAUGUAAUUUAACUUACAAAAUUAAGUAAUACAUCUAUAUUUAUUAACAAUUACUAUAUGUUAUGAUUACUCAGAGGGUUUCAAUAAUAAUUAACAUAUUCAUUGAUUACCUGUAAUAGUGUUCCAGUUAGAAUUAUUUCCAAAUUAUAAAAGAUUUUUAAUAAUAUAUAUAUAAUAUAAAAUAUUGAUAGUUUAAAUGAGUGUGUAACUAAAUUAUUUCACUACAUACAUUUAAAGUAAAAUAGUUACGUUUAAGAAAUUAUUAAUUUUUAAUGUUUUUAUUUUUUUAUAUAUAUAAAAUUAAAUGUGUAUAGUGAGUAAUAAUUACGAUUAUGUGUACAAUUUAUUUACCACUUGACACUACAGAAUUAUUUCAUUGAGACUGGUUCUUAAAAGAAAUAUUUGUUUUAUUAAAGGCAAUAAUAAAUAUUUUGUGUAUGCAUAAAAUUAUAAAAUGUACAGUAUAGCAAAUUGAUUGCACCAACCAUUAUAAAAUAAUAUAUUUUGUUGCCAAUAAAUUAUGUUAAUAAAACAUCUUAUUUGUAUAUAUUAUUGUAAUAUAAAUUAAUUUCAAAGAUUUUUUAAUAAUGAUGGUUUUUUCUUUUUGACAUUAAUUGACUCUCGAUUAAUUUCUAUUUGAGUUGAACUUGAAGUUUGGUCUACAUAUUUUUUCUUUUUGGAAAUUUCUUUGUUUUCUUCUACCUUAUUGACAGGUUUGUUAUUUAAUAGUUCACGUACAUUAAGACAUCUUAAAAUUAAAAUAUAUUAGACUUCACAUAAAAAAAUUACUCUAAUUUCAUUACCUAUGUUCGAAAGGUUCAAGGAGAGGAGAUGAAUAUAACUCGAACAAACUGGGGCUGUCAUCACUUAAAUCUGUAUGUUUUUGAAAUGUGUUUAUUAAAAAUUUAUCUUUAUCAAAAGUUUCAGUCUGAAUAUUUCC